AUGUCAAUAAAGAAAAUUAAAUACGAAUAAUUAAAUGAUUUUUUAUCAUCUGAGUUGAUACACCAUGAAUUCUUGCAUUUAGAUUUUAUUAAAAACACAAUUGAUUAAUAAGGCUAAUCUCAAUUAGGAUCUUCUUUUACAAAUUGCAUUAACUUAAAAUCUUUGGAAAUUGACCUUGAGUUUAAUAAAAUCAAUGAUCUAGGCUUAUCAGCUAUAGUUAAGCCUCUUUACCACUGUAAAAAUAUUUCUAAUUUAGAAUUAUACAUUGGCUCUAACAAUAUAACAGCAGAAGGAGCUCUAUAAUUAGGAAAUUCACUUUCAAAGUGUGAUAAUCUCUAAACAUUGAUAAUCCAGUUAGCAAGAAAUAAAAUUGGUGUUCAUGGCCCUUCAAACUUGGUUUCGUCAUUAGCUGAAUGCAAAAAUUUAUUAAGUUUGACAGUUUAUUUGGGCUCAAAUUCAAUUGGUUAACAGGGAGCAAUUGACCUGGGUAUAGCCUUAUCAAGAUGCAAAUAAAUUCAAACUUUAUUUCUUUAAUUAUCUAACAACAAAAUUGGUGAUGCUGGGUGUUAAGGCUUGUGCUCUCAAAUAUAAAGCUGCUAAAAUUUGAGAAAAUUAACCUUAAAUCUUUAGUAGAAUAAUAUUGGUAAUUAAGGGAUAUCGUUUGCUGGAAAUAUUUUUUCAACUUGCUCAAACUUAUCAACAAUUAAAUUAAAUAUGGACAAAAACAAUAUAGGUGAUUAGGGAAUAUAAGAAUUAGGAAAUCAAAUUCAGAACUGUAAAUCUCUCUAAAUCUUGGAACUCUCUAUUUAUAGCAAUAAUGUGGGUGAUUUAGGUUCUGAGUGCUUAGGAACUGCUUUAUCUUAUUGUCCAAAAUUAAUUGGCAUCAAAAUAGAUUUAGAAUCAAAUGACAUUAAUAAUCAAGGCAUUUUUAGAUUAGUGGCUGCAAUAUCAAAAAAUUAGAAUCUUUCAACUAUAAUCUUAUGUUUAGGUGGAAAUAAAAUAGAUCCUCAAAGUGAAAAAUAGCUGUUAAAAUUGACUUUGAAAAUGACCAAUUUAAUAAAGUUAAUUUUAUAUUUUACAGAAGAAAAAUCAUGCAAUACUUGUUGA